AUGAACUCAGCUUUGAAUGCAAAAGGGAUCAUUCUUCGGGCCUUUGAGCAGUUCAGACUAAAAUCAUGCGUCGACUUCAAGCCCAGAGGCUCUGAGUAUCACUUCAUUUCAGCCCAGAAGAACAGAGGGUGUUCCUCCCACGUAGGGAGAUCUUCCAAGUAUGGACAGCCUCUUUCCAUUGGAAAUUACUGUGAUCAUAUUGGCAUUGUGGAGCAUGAGUUUCUACACGCUCUGGGAAUCUGGCAUGAACAGUCCAGAUAUGACAGGGAUGAAUAUGUGACCAUUGUUUGGAAAAAUAUAAGACGUGGUCAUGAGAGGAACUUUGUGAAGGUCUCUCCCCAUUAUUCGACCACCCUGGGUUUACCGUAUGACUACAGCUCGGUGCUGCAUUACAGUGAAACAUCAUUCAGCAAGGGAGAGGGACCUACCAUCAUCACUAAGCAACCUGAGUACCAAAAGAUUAUUGGACAACGCCUUGAAAUGAGCCCACAAGAUGCCUUGAUGCUCAACAAGCUAUACGGAUGCAAAAAAUCUAUUUCAUUUAUUGAACAUUGCAACUUCGACAACCAGAGAUUGUGUGGGAUGAGUCGCUGCACCAAGAGUUUGGUAGGUGGCUGGAAAAGAAUGAAGACUGUCAUUGGGGGGCCUUAUUCUGAUUUCACCAACCUGGGGAAGACAGACGGUACUGGUUUCUUCAUGCAUGCCAGCACAGCGUCAGGCCAGGAGGGGGACACAGCCCGACUGGAGAGCAGGGAGACGACUCCCAGCAGGAAGUGCAGUGUCCAGUGUCUGCAGUUCUACUACUACCACAGUGGUAACGAGUUAGACCAGCUCAACAUCUGGAUCAGAGAGUAUCGUGAUGAGAGAGACCCUAAAGGAACUCUCCGCCUCAUGGAACAGAUCACAGGUUCCCCAGGAUCUCACUGGAUGCCCUACCACGUGCCCCUGAAUGGCACCAAAACCUUCCAGGUGGAGUUUGAGGUGCGUAAAGGAGCAGGACAGUCUACAGGUGGGUUUUCCAUCGAUGACAUCAACCUGUCAGAAACCGAAUGCCCCCAUCACACCUGGCAGAUUAAAGACUUUGAGAAUCUUUUAACCACCAGUGACAUUAACACUGUUGUGUACAGCCCCAGAUACUAUUCCCCAGAGGGCUAUGCCUACCAGAUUGCCAUUUAUCUUCGUGAAAUGUUGUUUGGAGUUUAUGUGCGCUUAGUCUCAGGAAAGUAUGAUGACCAACUCCAGUGGCCUUGCCACCAUCGACAAGUGACGAUUCAACUGCUGGACCAGAAUCCCCACCUCCAGCAACGCAUGUCCAAGCAAAUCAGCAUUACCACUGAACCCUCACUUCAGGACGACCAUGAUUCCUGGAACAAUCCCUGUAAAGUCGGAAUGCUAGAAAACAGGGGUGAUGAGUCCUUCUACGUAAACCCUGCAGUUGGCUACUUAAAGUUCCUAACCUUGACGCACCUGAAGCAUAGAGAAUUCCUCAAGGGAGGCAACAUUUUCUUCCUCAUCACCAUGCAAGGUAUGAUCAUCAUCAUGAUCGUCCUGAGUUGA